UUUGUUAAAGACCUGUGGUUUGUUUUUUCAUCGCGAUUUUAUGUUUGCUGGAUAAUCGUCGAAGGUAAAAUUAUCAUGGAGGAGAAAAAAAGGCAAGAGGAGCAUGCCGUUGGUCCUGAAGCCCCUCGCACAUGUAAAGAAAAUUUGCUGCGUAUCCUUAAAGGACUGUUCUUUUGUGUUGUGGUAUUUUUCGUGGUAUUUUUCGUGUAUCGCCAUGCAACGCUUGAGUGUGAGAACGCGCAAUUGUCAAAAACAUCGCUGAAGACAGAAAGGGAGAACGCGCGGUUGUCUGAAAGGCUACUGGAGGUGGAGAGAAAGCUGCAAGAACUGGACAAAAUGGUACAAACUCUGUGGAACGAGGAGGAACAUUACGCUGACGAUGUACUUGUGCAGAGUAAUAAGGUGGACGGCAUGGAUGGAAUGACAGUCUUCAAAAGAAUGAAACGAGAAACAUGGCAAGAAGAAGAGAAAGGUGGCCGUCCUAACGUUGACGAGAAAUCUGAACUUCACAGGGAUGUGAUAGCGGUACAUGUUGAGGGGCGCGCAGACGGGCAGACGUCAUGCGAUGUAGCAAAUAGCUUCCAGAUUGAAGAGGGGCAUGACAUCAUAACCAAGUGGCACCCCCUCCGCUAUCCGGAUGAGGGAUUUACGCUAGAAGACGGAAUCCUCACGGUGGAAAAGACAGGUCUCUACUUCAUCUAUAGUCAGAUACUUUACUUGGAGGAUCCUGAUGCUGACCUGGCGACAACGCAUUCCGUCGUCGUGAACGAGGAAGAAGUUUUUCUGACCUGUAUGAACUCCAUGGUGGGCGUCCCACCGUGGCACACAUGUUACACGGCAGGUGUCCGUGCACUAGAGGCUAACAGUGCUAUCCACAUAAGCAUGAAAUGCGAUGGCUGCUGCAUUUCUUUGAGCAGCGAUGCCACAUUCUUCGGUGCCAUUUUGCUCAAGGAAUACGAAGAGGCUCCAUUGCCGAUGAAAUUUCAAUUUACGGACAUAUUUUUUCCGAAUGAAUCAAGAGAUUAAGCGUGAAGUCAAAUAGUUGACAAAUUUGAAUGAUGCCCUUUUGCUGUUUUCGAAGCGGUGACGGGAUGCAUUUCUCAGUUUGUCUUUUCAUAGAAGGUGAAAUGUUCCAAUGUUACCAGCCAAGAAAAAGCAAUGAGACUACAACCGAAUUCAAUCGGCUAUGUCGAAAAUGUUUCAAAAGAGAUAUUUGGUAAAAGUUGUAUAAGAAAUAAGUGACAUGAAUGACAUGCCAACUUGGAUGAAAAUACAAGUUACAACACUGCCAUGUACAAACUGCCACCUUCACAUAUCUAAUAUAUGAUCGCGUAACCCAAGGCGACUCUAAGCUUUUACUGUGGCAACGUAAAUAUGCAGCAGCGGCUAUUUACAUUGUCAAUUAUUAGGCAACAUAUUGCCUAGCAGGUUUAACGCGCAACUGUUAAGUGUAAUUUCAAUGGUGAGAUACGAUCUUGUUUUUCAUAAGAGAGAUAUUUGCUUUUUACAGAUGAUUGCCACUAAUGGUGCUUAGUUUGUCUUUGCGUCAAAAUAUUUGAAUAGUACGAAAUGUAUCAAGAUAUGUGAUGAUAUCAGUUGGUGAACUAAUGCUCUCGCUUUGAAGUUAGUAAACGAAGCCUUAUCUCAUUUAUCUUUAAUUUGCACGUAUGUGUGUUUCUUAGCGUUGUUUACUUCAUGAUAUUCAAAAGUACCUUUUUACUAUGUUUCUGAACAAUUCAAUGCCAACCAACGAUCACAAUUAUAACACCAAUGCAAUUAGAGUAAUAAUGUAAUAGUGUAAGUAACAAUAUCAAGACAUUAUGCAAACAAAUAA